AUGAAUCUCCUCAUCGGUGUCAGUGCCAGCAUCGCCGCAAUCAAACUUGGUGAAGUGAAAGAACGUCUGAAGGAAAGGUGCGCCGAGAGCAACCUGCACGUGGAAAUAAAAUACGUGGCAACCAAUCUGGCAUAUGACAAAUUUUUGAAACCGCUGGACUUUGGUGAGAAGGUUCUUUUGGAUAGGGACGAGUGGGCAUGGGAGAAGAGGGGGGAUGAUAUUUUGCAUGUGGAGCUCAGGAAAUGGGCCGACCUGUUCGUUAUUUGCCCGAUGGAUGCGAACACACUGGCGUCUGUGUCUUGUGGAGCCUGCCCCAAUCUGCUGACCUGCAUCUGCCGGUGCUGGGACUUCAGGAAGCCCCUGCUGGUCUUCCCCUGCAUGAAUACGCACAUGUACGACCACCCCAUAACGCGGGAGCAGCUGAAGCGAAUAACCUCCUGGGGCGUGCAGGUCGUGGAGCCCGUAGAGAAGCUCCUUGCGUGUGGGGACUACGGAAUAGGAGCCCUGCCCCCCGUGGAGGACGUCGUUGGAGAGAUUAUAAAGUACAUAGAAAGGCACCACCUCGAGGUGGAGAAAAAAAGAAUUCACACUGCGUAG